AUGAAUCAUAAUAAAAGACCUUUUGGAGGAGGUUUCAACAGAAACUCACAAGGAGGAUUACAAGUUGACAAGUUUCUCAGACAAAACUCUCCUUCAACAAGAUAUAUCCCAGUAAAGAAAAAUUUAUUAAAUGCACAAGAUUCCAGAGUUAGAUCAAAAUAUGAAAAUAAGAAAAUGAUAACUGAUCAAUUCAAAAAUAAUCAAAAUAACAAAAAUGAUAUAGAAGAUGAUCCAAUGUCAAGAUUUGCACUUGGAGCAGCGAAAACAAAUACAGAUGAAUUUGAUAGCCGAAGAAAUAGAAAAAAAAAUAAUAACAAAAAACCAAAACAACCAAUAAUAGAACCAAAAAAUGAAAACGAUAAUCAAGAUGAUGAAACAAAUCAAGACAAUCAAGUUGAUGAUCAAACCACCACCGCCACCACCACCACCACCACAUCUACCACAACCACCACCAAUACUACCAUCAAACCAAGACAAAAAUCUGUUAAAACAAGAAUUGAAGAAGCUCAUAAAGAAUUUAUAAAAGAAAAGACUGAAAGAGAACAAAAGAGAACAGAAUUUGAAAAGAAAAAAGUAGAGAUUAAACAAAAUAUACAAAAGAAAAAGAGAGACUCAGGAAAAUUUUUACAGAAAACCAAACGUGGUCAACCAAAUGUUGAAUAA